AUGGCUUAUUAUAAUGCGCGACAUUUAACUCAUCGAACAGUUCCUCUUAUCCGACAUGAAUUAGACAAACAAUUAACAAUAAUGGUUCUUGUUCAAGUUCUCAUUAAUUUCUGCACUGUAUUACCAUUCGGCAUUACCUAUAUGUUUUCAAAAAUUACUGCAACAUCGAGUGAUCCUGUAUUUCAAGCUAAAGUUAGUUUGGCAUCGUCUAUCACUUUAAAUUUUUCUAUUUUGAGUUAUGCGAGUCCAUUUUACACAUAUAUUUGUGUAUCACAACGAUUUCGUCAACAAUUAAAAUAUGCAUCGUUUACUCAAAAUAUUAUUGCUUUUAUCUCUAAGAUUUGUAUUCAAAAUAAAUAUCUUCAUUUGUAA